GGAGGUAAAAUGGUAAAGGAUAUAACUCCAGAGCUCGCCCAAGCAGUCAUCAACGGAAAGUUUCUACACUGAAAAGACAUCCAUGAUCAUACUUGUGAAUAUGAAGCUAUCGAAAGAUUUUUCAAGGUGAUGAACAUUGCUUGGAAGUUUUACCUUCCAAUCCAUGCAAUCCCAACAUUAACUUUCCAGUUCAAGUUAUUAAAGAAGAGGCCAUUCCAAUUCAUGUAUAAGCUGAGCAAGAAUGUGCUUCGCUCGUGCCUCUUCUUGGCCACUUACAUAGCAGUGUUCAGGUACGGGCUCUGAUUUUUCAAAAAUCUAAGAGGAAAGAUUGAUAGAAGAGUAGUAAUCUACUCUGGAUUUAUCAGCGGAUUUGGACUCUGUUGGGAACCACAAGGUAGAAGAACUGAGCUUGCUCUGUACUUCUUACCUCGCUUUAUUGAAGCCUUCUGGGCUUGGUGUAAGAAGAGACAAUGGGUUACACCAAUCCCAUAUGGAGAAGUUAUCCUCUUCGCUAUCGCUAUGGCAAUUUUGAUGUACUGUUACCAAAACGAACAGAAAAAUAUCAAAAAGACUUACUUAUCCAUCUUCAAGUACUUCUGGGGAGAAAACUAAAGAUCCAAGUAAUCAACCAAUGACGUAAUAUUCAAUUUCAAAACAU